AUGGCGCCCAGCUGGGGCUGCUCUCCCGAGUCGAGCGACCGCAUAGAGGGUCUCCUGCCCAGCCUCGCGGCGCAGGUGUCCGGGGGAGGAGCGUGGCCGCGGCCGGGAGACAGCGUCGUGAUCAAGGAGGACUGGAACGGGCAGGAAAUCUACAACUCGCCCCACUUCCUCGCCCUGCCAGCCGGGGAGCGCGUGGUCGUGGUGAGCCGCAACGCGGACGGCUUCCUCUGGGGCAAGGUCGAGGGCGACGCGUCGCUGCCCGAGCGCUCGGGCUGGUUCGGUGGCCUGGGCUGCCUGGCCACCCUGGAGGUCGCCCUCCCGGUGCCGCUGGGCCCGCUGCGGCAGGGCCCGCGGCCACCCGAGGGGGGCGAGCCCCCGCCAUGGGUCGAAGGCGCGGAGCCAGCACCGCAUCAGACCAUCGCGGCCUCGGGCUCCCCAGCGGCGGCCCCCUCCGGCGACGGCGGUGACGACCUCGAGAGCCUCGUGGCGGAGUACAUGCGACAGAACAACGUCGACAAUUCCGCGGGCGAGGCCCUGAGGGAGCUGGAGCCGCACCUGCAACGCAUGCUGGUUUCGAGGGACCUGUCGAACUGCCGCAACCCGUCCGCGGUGCUGCUGACCCGCAUCGACCGCGUGAGGGCAGGUUUGCCGAUGAACGCCCCGAGCGGGCGCGAAGUGGAGGAGUUCAUAUCGCGGUGGAGCCUCGACGAGAGGGCCGCCCAGGAGCUGCGGGAGCUGCCCCCGGACAUGCAGUCCCAGGUCGUGCAGAAGGACCUCGUCGGCUGCAGGAGCCCCUCGGCCGUGGUCCAGUCGCGCAUCCGCGACCUGCGCGGCGCCUGCGGCGGUGGUGGCGCUGGUGGCUGUGCCACCGGCGGCUGCGGAGGCUGCAGCGGCGGCGUCGGAGUCUGCGGCGGCGGCGCCAGCUUCGCUGGCUGCGCCGAGGGCUUCGCGGGUUGCGGCGGCUGCGGCGGCUUCUUCGGCUGCGGUGGCGGCUGCUGCGGCGGAGCUGGCUGCGCCGCGGGCUUCGCGGGUUGCGGCGGCUGCGGCGGCUGCGGCGGAUUCGGCGGCUGCGCCGGCGGCGCCGAGGGCUUCGCGGGUUGCGGCGGCUGCGCCAGCUGCGGCGGCUGCGCCAGCUGCGGCGGCUGCGCCGGCGGCGCCAGCAACGCUGGCGGCGCCGAGGGUUUCGCGGGCUGCGGCGGCUGCGGCGGCUUCGGCGGCUGCGGCGGCGGCUGCGGCGGAGCCGGCUGCGGCGGAGCCGGCUGUGCCGGCGGCGGGGGCGGCGGCUGCGGCGGCGGCGCGCCUUCUGCGGACUCCGCGGUGGAGGCCUACAUCGCACGCAACAACGUGCAGGGGUCCGUGGCCAACAUGCUGAGACAGCUGUCGCCCGCGGGUCAGGAGCAGGUCAUUUCCGCGGACCUCACAGGGUGCAGGCAGCAGGAGGCCCUCGGGCUCGACGAGCUUCUCGGGCCGCGCGCCCUGAGCCUCCACCUCUUCAAGGAGUGGUGCCUUGCAUUCAUCUCAGACAUGCAGUCGCAGUCGCAUGGGGCGGCAGCUAAGGCUGUCAAACGCAAGGAGGCGAUGGACAUGAUUGAGAGGAAGUUCGGAUCUGAUGAAGCAGAGGCGCGCGCCAACGUGGUAUGCUAG